AUGAAACUGUGGGAAAGAGUGAUCGAGAAAAGAAUUAGACGAGAGACAGUAAUUAGAGAGAACCAAUUCGGAUUCAUGUCAAGAAGAUCAACCCCGAGGCAAUCCAUCUUUGAGGAGACUGAUGGAAAAGGAUCAGCUCUAAGUCCUUUCAUUUUUACGGUCAUUAUGGAGGAAAUCUCUAAAUCCACCUGGAAAACUGUACCAUGGUGCAUACUUUUCGCUGUCAAUAUAGUUUUGUUCACAGAAACCAAGGAGGAGGCUAAUAGUAAAUUGGAAGAAGUAGCGGGUAAGGGGUUGCGCAUAAGCCAUACGAAGACAGAGUACUUGCGAUGCAAUUUCAGUGAGACAGAAUCGAUAGGAAAGCCAGAGAUGACCAUAGAGGGAGAAGUUGUUGCUUGUACGUCCAAGUUCAAAUAUAUUGGGAUCGGUGAUUCAAAGUAA